AUGGGAAGCACUCACGGAAAAGAUCGCUGUGAGGAAACUUCAGCGAAAAAUCCUCUUCCUGAUCAGUCACGAAUCGAUGUUAAACGUCGAACUAUCUUACCUUAUGACCUCUUGUCGAGUGAUAACCCUGGCUCGGUGAUUUCUCAGCCUCCACUCAAAGGACCAAAUUAUAAUGAGUGGGCAACAAACUUGCGCAUGGCACUUAAGGCAUGGAAAAAGUUUGGCUUCGUUGAUGGUUCUAUCCCACAGCCACCUCAAGACUCUCCAGACUUCGAUGAUUGGUACUCCGUUAAUACUGGACAAUGCGUUCAACGCAUUAAAGCUGAGCUCGCCACUUGCAGACAACAUGGAUUAUCGAUCGAACAAUAUUACGGCAAGCUUAUGAAACUUUGGACCUCUCUCGCAAAGCACCGUAUCCCCAAAAACUGCGGCUGUCCUGUUGGUGAGAAUUUGGAAAAAGAAAGAGAAGAAGACCGUCUUCACGAGUUUCUCAAGGGUCUUGAUGAAUCUCUUUAUGGAUCAGUGAAAUCUAAUUUUCUGUCACGAGACCCAUUGCCUUCUCUGGAUGUCGCAUAUAGUGCUCUCUUACAAGAUGAAGACUCCAAACACACUACUCGUGUCUUGGACAAACGAGUUGAUCAUAUGUCCCAUGCUGUUAGGACAAACUCUGUUCCUGCGACAUCCUCCGGAACCUCUCUGUCUCGCGAAGGGAGAAUGAAGCUUCACUGCAACAGCUGUGGCCGCAAAGGACAUCUCGCCGCAAAUUGCUUUUGUUCCCUUGGUUAUCCUGAGUGGUGGGGAGAUAGACCUCGCACACGCCUUCCUUCUGGAAACAAUGGUGGACGAGGGAACACUACUGCAACUCGCCCCACAACUUCAGAACCUGUACGUGCACAUGCUGUGACACAUUCUUCUCAGACAAAGCACUAUGUGCAUGCUCUUACGUCCGCGGACCGAGUGGGACUUAUGGGUUUGACUGAAACCCAGUGGAAUACGUUGGUUACGAUGCUUAAUGAACACAAACUAACAACCAAUACACUUUCUGGUAAGUCUACUUUCUCCUCUUGGAUAGUCGAUUCAGGUGCGACGAACCACAUGACCGGUUCCCUUGCCUUAUUAUCUGAUAUUCGGGAAACUGUCCAAUUACCUGUUAAGCUACCAGAUGGUCGCAUUACACUUGCAACACAGCGCAAAACAGUCACUGACAAAAUUGGAUUGAUAGAGGACCGCAUUACCAAGAUUCUGAUUGGAGUGGCUGAGGAGUCAGGCAGCUUGUACUUUCUGCGAGGGAUGGAGUUUGCAAACGCGAUGCAUCAGGAGAAACCAGUGACUUCGGAUUUGAUGACUACUCUUGUAGUGUUUGGCUUUACUUAUUACCAACAAAGCAACACGUUACUCAAUCACUCAAGAACUUCAUCACCAUGGUUCAAGUUCAGUCAUACACGUAUUCGUAAGAUUCGCAGUAACAACGGUACUGAGUUCAUGUGCUUAUCGGCAUACUUUCAAGAGCACGGUAUACUACAUGAAACCUCAUGUGUUGGUACUCCACAACAAAAUGAUAGAGCAGAACGAAAACAUCGACAUAUCCUCAAUGUUGCACGCGCACUACAGUUUCAGGCUUCUCUUCCUAUUGAGUUCUGGGGAGAAUGUAUUUUAACUGCAGCACACCUGAUUAAUCGCGCUCCAACUGAUGUGCUUCGCGGCAAAACUCCUUUUGAACUGCUUUACAAUAGGGCUCCACCGAUAUCUCACUUACGUAUCUUUGGUUGCACGGAUUAUGCUCAUAAUCAGAACCAUAAAGGAGAUAAAUUUGUCUCACGAAGUAUCAAAGGAGUAUUUAUUGGAUAUCCUUCUGGCAAAAAGGAUUUUCCAUAUGCUACUGGUUCCCGACUCUCCGAGUCACCUGGUACAAGCUCGAUCUCACAAGCUUCUCCGGAUCUUAUGUCUCCUUUACACUCUGUUCCGCAAGAACCUGAAACGGAACAGCGUGCUACUCAUGAAACCGCUGCAACAGAACCGCACGCGUCCUCUAACUUUCCUGCAAUGAGUACAUCUUCUCCCGCGUCAGACUCGGAUACAGCAGUGGUCUCAACAGCUACAGCUUGUUCUUUGGACUCACCAGUCGAAACAGCGCAGCCCGCAACUGUCGCACCAGAACAAUCUGCUCAUUCACCCGACUCUGCCUUACCCACUAAUACUGAUACAGAGCAAACUUCUGACACCGCUAUAGGUCAAACCAAUAUGCAUGCCUUGGUUGACGCUGAAACACCUACUAUGGCAACAGAGCCAUUACCUACCAUUUCUCCAAUACACGAGCUUGGGCGUGGUCUACAAACAAAGAACAUACCAGCUAAGCUACAAAACUAUGUCCUACAAACUAUCACACCAUUUGUGUUUCGUUCUUCGAAGGUUCCGUAUGCACUUGAAUUUUAUGUUGAUUGUUCGAGAUUUUCUGAAAGUCAUUGUCACUUUCUCUCGGCUAUCUCAUCAUUUAAAGAACCUACUUCUUAUCGUCAAGCGAUACUAGAUGAGAUUUGGCGUAACUCGAUUCAGGAUGAAUAUGUGGCCCUGGAAGAGAAUGGCACUUGGAUCGUUGUUGACUUACCUCCGGAUAAACACGCUCUCAGCUGCAAAUGGAUUUUUAAAUACAAAUUUAGAGCAGAUGGGACUUUGGAAUGCCCUAAAUCAAGGUUAGUUGUCUGUGGAAACAGCCAGGUUGAGGGUGAGGAUUAUGAAGAAACCUUUGUGUCUGUUGCAAAGAUGACUAUGGUUCGAACUUUUCUUCAAAUCGCAGCAUCUCGUAACUGGGAGAUUCAUCAAAUGGAUGUUCAUAAUGUGUUUCUUUCACGGUGA